AUGCAACAGAGAUUUAAGCAGCAACAGCAACAAGCUAUGAUGCAACCUGCACUUUAUCAUCCUGGUCUUCUAGCUGCUCCUCAGAUAGAGCCCAUAUUGAGUGGAAAUCUACCUCCUGGAUUUGAUUCAAGUACAUGCCGCAGUGUGUAUGUCGGGAACAUCCACCCUCAAGUGACUGAGCCGCUUCUUCAGGAGGUUUUCUCAAGCACUGGCCCUCUUGAAGGUUGUAAACUCAUCAGAAAGGAAAAGUCGUCGUAUGGAUUUGUGGAUUAUUUUGAUAGGAGAUCUGCUGCCCUUGCCAUUGUGACUCUUAACGGGCGACAGUUGUUUGGACAGCCUAUAAAAGUUAACUGGGCAUAUGCCAAUGCGCAGAGGGAGGACACAACAAACCACUUCAACAUAUUUGUUGGUGAUCUUAGCCCAGAGGUUACAGAUGCUACGUUGUUUGCUUGCUUCUCUGUCUAUCCUAGUAUCUCUGAUGCCAGGGUAAUGUGGGAUCAGAAGACUGGUCGUUCGAGGGGUUUUGGGUUUGUCUCUUUCCGUAGUCAACAGGAAGCCCAGAGUGCUAUUAAUGAUUUGAACGGGAAGUGGCUUGGAAGUAGACAAAUCCGCUGCAACUGGGCUGCAAAAGGUGCUACUAAUGGGGAUGACAAGCAGAGCUCUGAUGCAAAAAGUGUAGUGGAACUUACAAAUGGAACAUCAGAAGAUGGUCAAGACCAGACCAGUGAAGAUGCUCCUGAAAACAAUGCUCAGUAUACAACCGUUUAUGUUGGGAAUCUUGCUCCAGAAGUUACAUCAGCGGGUCUUCAUCAAUAUUUUCACUCUCUUGGAGCUGGCGUGAUCGACGAUGUUCGUGUUCAGCGGGACAAGGGUUUUGGCUUUGUUAGAUAUAGCACCCAUGCUGAAGCAGCUCGGGCUAUUCAGUUGGGAAAUGCCCAGGUCUUUUAUGGGAAGGCGAUAAAGUGCUCCUGGGGAAGCAAGCCUACUCCUCCAGGGACUAGUUCUACCCCUCUUCCCCCACCAGCUGUAGCUCACAUGCCACCACUUUCAGCCACUGAUCUUGUUGCCUACGGACGUCAGCUUGCUUUAAGUAAAAUGGCUGGUGCACAAGCUCUGAUGCAUCCCCAGGGUCAGCGAAUUGGUGCUGCUAACCAGGCUAUGUAUGAUGGUGGAUAUGCUGGUAUUGCUGCACAGCCACCCAUGUAUUAUCAGUAA